AAUGCUUAUUUGCAAAGGACAAAGUUGUUCUUCGAAUCAAUUAAAUUGAACUCAAAACUAAAAGCUUAGUUUUUAAGUUAAAAUUAAAAUAAAGAAUCAUCUCUGUUUUAACUCUUGAAUCGCAUGAGAAAUAAUUGCAAUACUUUUCUGUUGGCAAAUUUGAAUUGAAAAUCUUAUUUACCUAAAGUUUAUGACAAUCGAAUAUUUUCUCGUGUUAAAUUAUUCGAAAUACUGUAUGCGGUGUGCGAUGCGUUCAAUCUAGUACGAAAAAAAGCAUCGUAUGCCGUAAAUUUCUCCUCUUUUGAGCACCGAAUGCACGCCCUUAAGCGCCGCUCACACGAGUUUAAUCGUUACGCCACUGUUUGCGAACCUCGAGAAUUCUGCUUUCCCAAAUCGCACUCAGCAUCUCGCAGUCGCAGAGUCUCGGCUCUGUUCGCGUGUGAUCGAGUGCUCGUCAAGAGUACAGCUUCCACUAGUGACCGGGAACGACGCCGUUCCAGAAACGUUGCCAGGACCACGUGGGGUUGCGGCGUAAAUUACAGUCGACAACAGCUUUCGCUAUCUCUUUUUCGUAUCUUCAACGAGACACUAAUUUAUUUCCAGAUAAUUUAUUUAAAUAUGGAGGACGAGAUUUCAUCAUUCAAACUAACCAACAAACACAACAAAAAAACAGAGAAGAGUAGCUACAUUUGGAUGGAAUUAAAACUGCUGCAGUUGUUUGUGAUACAAUGCCGGCUGGGUCAAAUCGUACUGAAAGUCCUGGAAAGAUUUCUGUGGAUCGUAGAAAAGUGCGCAGAAUGGAGUUUGCCCGAUGAAGAGAUUCCUAGAGACGAGAACGGGAAGAUUCUGGAAAAGCUGGAACUCGUGAGACCCCUGCCGUGGAUCUUGUUCUUGCCGAGCUUGAUUAUCCUUCGUAUAAUCAAAAUAUCACUGAACAUAAUCAUUUUUUUAUUGGGUUUCUCUCUAAUCACGGCGAAUGAUUUGGUAAAAUUCACGCAGAAAUUACGGAUGCACCUGAUUGCUCUGAAGUGCAGCGAGAUGGAAACGAGACACUACAAGGACAAGAGGUCGUCGAUGAACGAGGCCAAGCAGGCCCUGAUCAAGUCCAUUCGUCUGACUCUGUCGAGUCUGUCCUGCCUGGAUGCGUCCAAACCCUCCCUGUCACCACCGCCCACUAAAAUUCACGUAACAACGACAUUGGAAGAAAACUCGGUGACUGAAUCAAUGGAUUCGAUAAAGCGGAGAGGCUCGAUAAACUCGGCUGAGCAGGAUAAAGAGAAACAAAAGACUCGGCAAGAAGAACUAAAUCAAUCGACCGAUUCGAGUGAUUCCGAAUAUGUUUGCUCCGUGGACCGAGACAAUUCGAGCAUAAAUUCCGACUCCAACACCAGCGUGUCCUCGAAUGAGCUUAACGAUCUCAUCCAAGAUAUUCAGAAGUGGCACGAAGAAGAAAGAAAGGCGGAUCAAAACCAGCAGUUCAUGGAUGCCGAGCGAGCUUCCACGAACGUCGAACAAGCUGCCACGAACGUCGAACAAGCUGCCACGAAUGCCGAAAAAGCUACCAUGGACGCCGAACAAGCUACCGUGGACGUUGAGCAAGCUACCGUGGACGCCGAACAAGCUACCGUGGACGUUGAGCAAGCUGCCGUGGACGUCGAGCAAGCUGCCUCGGACACCGAACAAGCUGCCACGGACACCGAACAAACUGUCGCGGACGCCGAACAAGCUACUCCCGAGCAGAAAUCGUCGGCGAAAGAAAGCCGCGAUAAGGUAGAGGAACGCUAUUCGAGUUCGCGACGUAUUGACUCGUCGGAGUAUCAUACGUCCGACAGAUCCAGUCAGGAGGGCGAUUUGAUUUUCUACUCGCCGAUCAGCUCGGACAGUGACACGCCGAAGGAGUGUUCGAAGUCGUCGGCGCCGAUCGCCGAGAAGCCAGUCUCCGGGGACAGCCUGAAGACAGCCGAGUUCAUCAAUGGCGAAAUAUGUUUCAGCUCAGCAUCUACGGUUUCAGAGUUGAAGUCACUCGAAAAGGCCAACAACGGCGCUGUAGUGGACAAGCGCGGUGCAAACGCGAGUAAGUGUCACAAGGGUAAACGCACGAGUCACAGCAACCGUAGGAAAAAAUAAUUAAUCAAUGUAAGGGAAACGAGGAAGAGAGGGCGAGAGUGAGAAGGAGAGAACAAUAGCUUCAUGAAGCUUCUCGUCGCGCGAGAAAGAGAUUACAAUCGUAUCGGUGAUACAAUAUCGCCCCGUAUCGGACGUCAUCGACAGUUACGCAAUUGUCGUGGAUCAAGUGCGAUGUGGUGGAAGAGAUUAAAUGUCGCUGUUAUAUUUCAGCGCCACCGCUACAGUCGCUGAGAUAAAACAAAGAUAUCAAGCUUAUCGGUAUAUUUGAGUAAAAUUUACGUUUUUCAAAAAAUUUCCGAGUUAUCGGAAUUAGCCGACGAAAUUUGCUUUUAACGUAGAGGUUUUGUCGGAGCAGAGCUGUUUAAAAAAUUAGAAUUUUCAGACGGUACAUGGUUUCAUAUGAUAGAGAAGAUAUGGUGGAGAAGACUAUAUCUGUUAUACUCUAGCGCCUCCAUUAGUCGCUGAGAUAAAACAAAGAUAUCAAGCUUAUCGAUGUAGUAAAAUCUAAGUAAAAUUCUCUAUCCGAGUGGAACUCUUAAAACAUAUUUUCUAGUUAUCGGAAUUAUUCGAUCUUUUAGCGAGAGAUUCGAUUGUCGGAACAGAGCUGUUUCAAAGAUUACGAUUUUCAGACGCUCUCCGCGUCGCGCUCGCUUCAGCGCAAUAUCGCGCCCCUUUGGAUAAUAAUGUAAUUAUAAGUUUGUGCAAUAUGUAAUCGGAGAAAAAAAAAACAGCGCAAGCGCUGUUUCUGAGUCUCUCGAAAUCCACGGUUUAAGAGAUCUACGCUCAUCGUAAAUCAAUAUAAUUCGACGGCAGAUAAGAUUUGCGGAGGAUUCUAGAUGCAAUUUAGCGACUAGAAAAAUUUCCGAAUAAAACCGGUUAUUUUAUUUCUCCGAAUCUCUGGUUCAGCGAUAAGCUGCACUUUCGAUUCGGAAACUUUGUAUUCAAGGCAAUCACGGAUAUAAAUUGUAUCUAAAUCGCGGCGGUGUGUUCAAAGUACACAGACAUUAUCAUAUUUAGACGAAACAUCAUGUUUACGACAAUUAUGUAACUGUGAUUACAAACCGUGGAUGCGCUGUUCUUUUUUCUCGAUAAUGCAAAACGCAACGUGUGCGAAAAUGUGGCUAAAGUCUGCAUGUUAUUUUCGGAAUGUUGUUGAACUGAUUUUCUCGGGUACUCGCUUAUUUGUAUAAUCGCAUACACAUGUAUGCAGUAAUGAUUAUUACGUCUUAAAUUUGAGUCGGCGAGCAAUACGAUUCAAAAGUCAGUGAAAAUUCCUUUUUAAUUGACGCGCAUAAUAAUAUUCCACAUAAAAUGUAAGCCUUUUGUCUUUUGUAAAACGAGAAGAUAGAAAAUGAUAUAGAAAAUGAUUUACAUUACA